AAGUCAUUCGCUUACUCGCCACCGGCCGACCAGGACGCUCGCCUCAGACCACCUCGCAGUCACCGUCCUGGCCGAUAACCAUUCUGCCAGUCGGCAUCGUGGACUCCCCUCCGACAUUCCCUGGACACCACGCUUCAAGUCGGACUUCACCAUUCACACUUCAAGUCCACGCUCACGCUCGCACCAACCUUACAAAGUGACAGGGAUGUCAGAAAAAAACCUAAAGUUGUGCACAACUGCGGAAACUGCUGCCAAAAGUAAUGCAUGUAAACCCCAAGAGUUGGCGUGGUGGCCGAUUGGAAUAAUCGGAGGUUUUCACAUUGCCGCAGCAUGGGCGCUGCUCACUACACGAUUCAGCCUACCUAUGUGGACAUACGUGUAUGUGUACGGAAGUCUAACAUUGUUUGGAACAACUGCUGGUGCUCAUCGGCUCUGGACCCACCGAACGUAUAAAGCAAAAUCCCCCCUACGAGUUCUAUUGGCGUUCCUCCAUGUAUCAUCUGCUCAGACUUCCGUCCUCCAGUGGGUGCGAGACCACCGGGCUCAUCAUAAAUACGUGGACACUGAUGCAGAUCCUCAUAACUCAAAGAGAGGUUUUUUCUACUGUCACAUAGGCUGGGCUAUGAUGCACAGACAUCCAGAGGUGAAACGGCAGGGGGCGAAAAUUGACUUCAGUGAUGUAUUGGCGGACUCUGUUGUGCAGUUUGAGCAUCGGUUCCAUUAUCUUUUGGUUAUUUUAUGCGCCUUUAUAAUCCCUACCGUCAUACCAGUCGUUGCUUGGAACGAGACGUGGACAGUCUCUUCUCUGGCAAGCAUUGUACGAGUUGUGGUGUUCAUCAACAUUGCAGUGACUGUUAAUAGCUUUGCCCACAUGGUUGGAGAUAGACCAUACGAUAAGCAAAUCUGCCCAACAGAGCUCUGGAUGGUAUCAUUUCUAGCUAUGGGCGAGGGAUGGCACAACUAUCAUCAUACCUUCCCAUGGGACUACAAAACAUCUGAGCUGCCCUAUUAUUGUAAUUUCACAACUUUCGCUCUCGACGGUUUUGCGAAAGUGGGAUGGGCAUACGACUUCAAGUGGGCCAGCAAAGAAUUGGUUGACUCGGUGGCGUCACAACGUGGGGACGGGUCACGGCCAACUGAACACCUGCGUGAGGUGAGGUAUAGGUCGUACAAUCAUGAUUCCUGAAUUCGGACCUGCCACCUAAAACCAUACAGUUUGCUUUACCUCACCAUAUUUGCCUGUAAAUCGUCUAUUCAAUGACAACGUGUGAAUUUUUCACAACAUAUUUUGUAGGUUUGACCACUCUGAAUAAAUUUAAACUGAACAAAUAUCCGCAAUAAGUGCACUGUAAAAAAAUCGCGGGUAACUUUGUGUUAAGAGAAAUUUCAUUAUUUUGCGAAACUAUAAUUGCAAUUGUAAAUGUAUUUUGAAUGUCUUAAGGUGUCCUAAAUCAUCUUUUCGCAUUCUUUCGUACAUUGACCAAACCAUUGUUUAAAAGCGCCCCAUCGAAGGAUGCGUCAAAGUCAAUAAAAAUUUGAAAUUUUAUAAUCUCACAUUUAUCAAAA